UUGUGGGAUGUCAAAUUGUUCGGCGUCAUCGUCUUGUCAAGCCACCAUUUUGGAUUACGCUUCUUCUGGUGCAAGAAAAGCUGAAAAUCCACAGGAAUUACAGCAAUUUCGAGUGAAAUAGUGCGUUAUAUUUGUUUGUGGAUCCAUAUUGUUGCGUUUUGGGCAGUGAUUUGUGGUGAAUUUGUGCCUCUAGCCGCUCAAUUGUGUGGUGUCUCUUGUGCGCCUCCAUUUCCCAAGUGGCGAGGAAGAGAGAAAAAAAGUUGGCGUUUUUUGCUUCGCAUCGCACACAAUUUCUUUUGGAUUUCCUCAAGGAAGCCACAAUCUUUGGAUAAUUAGGCCAUAUUACCGUGGCAUUGGCAAUAUAGGUGACGGGUGUUUUUUGGGUGCAAUAACGUGCACUGGAAACGUCCCCUGGAGAGUACUCCACUGGCCAGGACCGGAGCGCGUCUCUGCGUGAGUGUGUGUGAUCGGGAGGUGGAGGAGAGGAGAAAACAGAGGAGACGCGCCAUUCCGCACUUGGCAGAGACACAAGCGCGUGGAGCCAUAUUCUCCAUUUAGCCGGACUGCAGAUUUAUAUCCCUUUCCGGACAAAAAAAAAGAAAAAUAAAAACAGAAUUUGCGGCUAUUCUAAUAAUUUUGUUGAAGAAGAUACCAAGGAGCGAAAUGAUUUUGUUGAUGUCGUUAAAGACACAAAAAGCGGCAGAAUGAGGGGAACAGCUCGUCGGAAAUAACCCCUCCUAGUUGAUUAUCAUCCAACAAGUUGUGAAAUUGCAUAAAGUUUGCAAUCUUAAAGUUGGGGAAUUCAAAUCAGUCAAAUUUGUGAAGUGGUUCUGAUUCCUGACUGUAUGUUGUGUCUGUCGUCAUCGCACCAACAAUUCCUUGGCACAGACACACAAGAGCAGCCCAAGAGAGCGUGAGAGACGUGAAACAAGAGGAAGUGACUUGUGUUUAUUUGAGAGUGAACAAGUGAAAAAGAGGGAAGAAGGAGCAAAAGUUUUUGGGAAAGCUCCCUUAAAGUGUGUUUAUUUUGUGAUUGUGAAUUUUUCUUUUCAAAAUUCUUCCUCUUUUCCACAAACACACCAGUGAGAAAAAGAAUUUAAGAAAAAAAAAGAAUAGGUCGUAUGUGAAUUUGUAUAACAAUCAACAGUGUAGGGGAUAGUGUAAUUAACAAAAGGAAAAAAAAAAUAGUUUGUGAAUUUUUGGAAUACACAACACUGUUUUUAUCAAUAAGCUCACCAAACUUAAAUAGAACAUACAAAAGAAAUUAAUAAAUAAAAGUGUAGUGAUGGAGAAAUCAAUGAUGUUGCCAAAACGUCCACGACUCGAUGUUCGUGGUCCAAUUGCAAAUGGACCGAUGCAACCCAGACCUCUCGUGGCUCUACUGGAUGGUAGAGACUGUUCCAUUGAAAUGCCAAUUCUCAAAGAUGUGGCCACUGUCGCGUUCUGCGAUGCACAGAGCACAACGGAAAUACACGAAAAGGUAUUGAAUGAGGCAGUGGGCGCUCUCAUGUGGCACACAAUCAUCCUGACAAAGGAGGAUUUGGAAAAGUUCAAAGCUCUCCGGAUUAUCGUGCGCAUCGGUAGCGGUGUGGACAAUAUUGACGUGAAAGCAGCCGGUGAAUUGGGUAUUGCUGUCUGCAAUGUUCCCGGUUAUGGUGUAGAAGAAGUGGCAGAUACAACACUUUGUCUCAUAUUGAAUCUGUACCGAAGAACGUACUGGCUGGCAAAUAUGGUGCGAGAGGGUAAAAAGUUCACUGGACCAGAACAAGUUAGGGAAGCUGCCACGGGAUGUGCUAGAAUCCGAGGUGACACACUAGGCAUUGUUGGCCUAGGACGAAUUGGCAGUGCAGUGGCUCUACGUGCAAAAGGAUUUGGCUUCAAUGUCAUCUUCUAUGAUCCAUAUCUUCCCGAUGGCAUUGAGAAAUCACUUGGUUUAACUCGAGUUUAUACCCUGCAAGACUUACUUUUUCAAUCGGAUUGUGUCUCACUUCACUGCACACUAAAUGAACACAACCACCAUUUAAUCAAUGAAUUCACUAUCAAACAGAUGAGGCCAGGUGCAUUUUUGGUAAAUACCGCACGAGGUGGUCUGGUGGAUGAUGAGGCGCUAGCAACAGCUCUGAAACAAGGCAGAAUCCGAGCAGCUGCACUUGAUGUGCAUGAAAAUGAGCCAUAUAACGUAUUCCAGGGUGUUCUGAAAGACGCUCCAAAUAUACUUUGUACGCCACAUGCCGCCUUUUACAGUGAAGCCUCCGCAUCUGAACUCAGAGAAAUGGCAGCCACGGAAAUUAGGAGAGCAAUAGUCGGCAAUAUUCCAGAGUGUCUUCGGAACUGUGUGAACAAGGAGUAUUUUAUGAGGGCCCCAUCGGCCGCCGCUGGCUACACUGAAGGCAUUAACGGUGGCUAUUAUUCGGGCGGUCUGCAGCAGGCUCACAGUACAACGCCCCAUGAGACGCCCCACAGUGCUGGACCUCAUGCACCACCAACUGUACCUCCGCCCCAGACGGUGCCACCGCCACCCCCAGUGGCCGCGGUCACGGCCGCUCCUCCGGCGGGAAUCCAGCACGGACUUGUGAGCAAAUCGCCACUGAGCGCUCCGGAUCCCAGCAAUCACCAUGCUACGAAACCGGAGCCCUCGGAAGUACAUUAGCUCAUUCCUCCGUAAAUGUUUUGUGACACAGCAGUUGGAGCAUUAGCGUUGAAAAUUAAAUUCAAAAACAGUUUUAAGUGUAUCGUCCACCACCUCUACAUUGUAGGAAUAAUUAUUCAGAAUAAUUAAAAUGAAAACAAAAUACUAAAAAAAAAAGAACACAAAGGAAGAGAAAGGUCUAAAAGAAUUAAUUUGGAGUUAUAUCUGUGAGAAAUCUUUCUAAAAAAAAAAAAUGUCGAUCAUCAAAAUCAGAAUCUUACUCCGAGAUUUUCAAGUGUUUCAGUGGUGAAAAAAAAUAGUGAAUUUGCAGAACAAUUGAUUUACUCUAAAUAAUCUUCAUUUUGAUGCAACAGCAACUACAAGAGCCAGAAUAAAAUCCAUUGUGAACGUUCUAUAAUGAUAAUUAUAGUUUCUAUGGCAAUUGAGAAAGAUGAAUGAACAACCUUUCUCUAUGGAUUAUGUUGAUUUUUUUUUUAAUUUUCAGUACAUAUACAUAUUUUUUUUUUUAAAUUCUUGAAUUUAUUACUCUAGAAAUUGUAAUAAGAAAUGAGAAAAAUACUAUAAACGUAGAGAGUAGUAGAUAUAAAUAUAAAAUCUAAAUAAGAUAUAAAUUUAAUUAUAAUGAGAUUUUAAGUAAGGAUAGUGACAUCAAAUGAGCAAAAUGAUAUGUAGAAUUGUGAAGAUAAAUUUCCAAAAAGAAAAAAAAAAUGCAAGAAUUUUUUUUUGCGGAAUUGAUGAAGGAAGAGGAAGAAAUUGAGAAAUGAUUCUUCCACACAGGAGUGUUUUAUCACAGAAUUCGAUAUAGAAAAUUGUGUAUUUAGAUGAAUAUAAAAGUGAAGGGCGAAAUAUACAUGCACUGUGGUAAUUUGAGAUUUUUUGAAUUAUCACAAAAAGUAAUUUUCGUAAGAUAAUGAAGAGAAAAAAAAACAAGAGAAAAAUCUGUCGUUAAUACUUAUAAUAUAUUAUAAAUAAAAAAAUACUAUUACAACUAUGGAGGAAUCCCUUAAUGAAAAAAAAGAAGAAAAAUGAAAAUGAGAAAAAAGUAAUUUUAGCACUUUUCAAAUAUUUGAUGUAAUAAUUUAAUUGAAGCAUUUUACAAACCUGAGCGAAACAGAAUGGCGAGAUGAAGAACAAAUUUAAAAUUACUGAAAUAUCUUGUAAAUACAAUUUAAAGAGAAAAAAAAAUCCCCUUUAGGUUAUGAAUAUCAACGUAUAAUUUAGUUUUUUGCCUCAAUUUUUUUUUUGGUUAAAAAAACUAUUAACAUUGGUCCAAGAGCAUCACAAAAAAAAUAAUUAUUUUUAAGCUGCUGUAUUAAAUGUUUAUGCAUUAAUUUUUUGUUAUGGACAAGAAAAUUUAAUUAAAGAAAAUGGAAAAACAAAACUACGAAGAUAGUUGCAAAAGAAAAAAAACUAAAAAUUACUAUUAUUAUUAUAUAUAAAGAAAAAAAAAGAUCUAUUUGUACAAAAAUUCUAAUACUAAAGUUAGUAUGAAAAGUAGUAAAUAUUUAGAAAACCAUUCCCAAAUUUCCAAAAUUUUUCUUUCUCAAACAUGAUUUCCUCUUUUUCUUCAUCAAUCACAAACAAUUGCUUCAUGAUUAGAUGUUUUAUUUUGUAUUUUGAAAUUUAUCAGACAAAAAAGUUAAAUUUUCACAAAAGUUUAGCCCUUGGCAAAUGAAGAAAAAAACACAAAUCCAAGUCAGUAGAAUAAUUUUUUAAUCAAUUCCCCGCCCCAACAAAAAAUUGAUAUAAAAUGAUGGGAUAAAAGAAGAGAAAAAAAUAAUGAAAUUAGAAAAUUCAUAAACGAAGAAAUAGCGAUAUAACAUUUUUAAGGGAUACGAAAUAACAAGGAAAUAUGUUAAUUAGUAGAUUUUACGUUAAUUUAGAGGUCGUUUCUUUUUUAAGAUCAUAUAAUUAUAAAAAAAAAACUAAAUAAUGAGAACUAAUUGACUACACCAAUUACAUUUUAAAAGUAAAUGAAAGAUGGAAAUAAUAAAUUUUAGAAACGAAUGAAGGAAUCAAUAAGAAUUUUUACGCAAAAAGCAAAAAAAAAGAAAUGAGGGAAAAAGAACCCAGAUUUUGGAGCCAAUAUGAAGAAAAACUGAAUCACUAUAGUAUUGUUAGUAAUAACGGUAAAUUAAAAAGAAAAAAAGGAAUGAUAAAAAAUAUAUAAUUUGAGGAGAAAUUAUGGAUGAAAGAUAAAUGGAAAUUUAUAGGAAUUUUUCAAUAAGAAAAUCGUAGAAAUGAAUCAUAAAUUUCUAUCAAUUUUUUUUUUCAUUUGACAUUAUUUUUCUGCCAGGAAAACAGCAACCAGUUUCUUUUUAGGUGAGUUUUAUAAUUAGUCUUAUUACCUUUCAUUUUUUUCUUUCACGUUAGUAAUUAAAAAAAAAGUUUUACAAGACAAAAAAAAUGCGAUGGAUUAAAAAAAUGAGAUGAAAAAAUGGAACAAAAAAUUAAGGAAGAACAGAAUAAGUAAAUGAAAUUAAGGAAAUAUUUAAAAUAAUAAAGAAUCAAAUAUUUUUUCGCUAUUUUUUAGUCUACAUAAAUAUUAUAAAUUAAAAUUACAAUAUAUCCAUUACUGAUUGGUAUAAAAAGUAUAAAAUUAAUUAAAUAUAUGAGAAAUAUAUAAACAUUUAAUAUAAAUAAAAAUAACAAUAAAUAAGGCAUUUUCCAA